GGUAAACACAAAAUAUGUCUUGUCACUUUGACAUUGACGCGAUGAUGUUUACUCAGUGUGUUUUUCUCGUGGACGUCUGAUGCGUCUUGUUAAUCGAAUAUGGAAACAUCAUUGCCAGUUGAGGUUAUUUCGCACAUUUUCAAAUUUCUUAAUGUGUCCGACCGAAAGGAAGCGUCCCUUGUCUGUGAAUCUUGGUAUCAAGCCUCGUUAGAUCCAGCUCUACAAAAGGAUUUGGUUGUUCAUUUCUUUACUUCAGUCCUGUCUGAAGAUGUUACCAGACGUCUAAGCCGCAGACGUCUGUCACAUCUAGUCCUCAGUCAUGUUGGAAAUUCAUCCCAGUCGAAAGAGAUUUUACUGCGAUCCUGUGAAAAUCUUGCUGGCAACUUGCAGAAUUUGUCACUAAAAGGAUGUGACAUCACUGAAACCUUCUUCGUGAAGCUUCUUUCCCAGUGUAAAGAUUUAAGGCUUUUGGAUCUCACCAGCUGCAACUCUUUGUUCAUGUCUGGGAGGAUUCUUGACAAUAACACCGACAUUCAGAUUUUAAAAAAGUCUUUGAAAAAUGUCAGGAAACUCAAUUUGUCUUCAAUCAGGUUCCUGUCCGAUGCAUCUUUUAACAGGAUUGUCACCGUGUGUGAGAAUGUGGAGGAGAUCUCCCUGGCCUCAACCCAGAUCACCUUCAGUAACAAGACCUACUAUCCAAAAGGAACAACGGUCUGUGCAAAUUCAGCUGUCCUUACAUUCCAGAAUAUCUUGACAUUCAUUAAAGCAAACGCUUCACAGAUCAAGUCACUUAAUUUAAGUCGCACCGGUAUCAGUGAUGAUUAUCUCAGCCAGCUCACUAUGAUAGAUGGGCUCCAUUUGAAGACAUUGAUUUUAAUCAACUGCAAAGAUCUUACUGAUGUGGGCAUCACUACUCUUUGUACCCAUCAGAGAUAUCUGGAGCAACUGGAUUUCAGUUACUGCACAAAUGUUUGUGAUGGUAGUUUUGUUGCCAUUAGCAACAAUCUACCACAACUUCAGUCUCUGAAAGUGAGCAACUGUCCACAAAUUACAGACAAAGCAACACAUAUGCUGAAAUAUUGCACACAAUUGGAGGAGCUGGAUCUUUCUGGGUGUUCCCAUCUUGGGAGUAAAGGUCUCAUCGAAGGAUUGUGUAAAGGCCGCCAGUGUCAUCUAACCACUUUAAAUUUAAGCUGUUGCAGUUUAUUGACCGACACGUUGGUCUUAGAACUGUGCAACAAUGCUUCACAUCUUACUGACCUUGACCUUGGAUCCUGCUUUCAUUUGACUGAUCUCAGUGUACAUGCCAUCUCAAAAAAUCUCCGGCAGUUGCGAACAUUACGACUGGCCUGGUGUAAAGAAAUCUCUGAUCUUGGACUUCUUGGGUUCAAAUCUACUGAAAGUGAAAAUGGGGACACCCAUGCUGAUCACGGAGACCAUGAUCAGUGCAGAUGCACUCGGCAGUACCAUAGUAACAUUUUCAAAAAACCAUCAGGAAUAUUGAAGGAAAAGAAGUUAUCUGUCGGGGAUAUCGAAGAACUUCAAAAAAGCACAGAAAUGACCUUUCAGCUGAAUAGCAUCACUGGCCUCAAGACACUGGACCUGAUGGCAUGCUCAAAGCUGACUGACACUGGGCUGCGUGCAGCUGUUAGGUUCACAGAACUCCAAGUGCUCAAGCUUAGCAUGAUUCACAGCCUUACUGAUGCUGGUGUCAUUGCCAUCGCAGAAGCAAAUCCAAGUCUGGAGGAAGUCCAUCUGGCCCAGUGUGCGAACAUUACAGAUGCCAGCAUCAAGUGUCUCACGAAGAGAUGCUCAAGACUUCAUCACCUUAACAUCUCGAGCUGUGACCAACUGACCAGUCAAAGCAUCAAGUAUAUCAAGGAAUACUGUCAGCAGCUACACCACCUUGAUGUGUCAUUCUGUAAUGGAAUAGAAUAUGAUGCUGUUGAAACCUUGGAAUCAGGCUUGAAGAGUCUACAUUCGGUUCACAAACGGUUGAUUGGAGGGGCAUGUUAACUACAUUUAAAAUUAUUAAAAUUAAUGCCAUGUUACAAAAGCAUCAGGCACAUGUGCAGGAGUGGGUUUUGGGGGUCAGAACCCCUCGAAACCCCCCCCCCCCCCCCCACUGCUCAAGCAAUUUUUUUUUUUUUUUUGUAAUGCAUUUUACGGAUGUAAAGAAAUCUCUGAUCUUGGAAAUCUGCUGAAAGUGAAAAUGGGGACACUCAUGCUGAUCAUGGAGACCAUGAUCAGUGCAGAUGUACUCGGCAGUACCAUAGUAACAUUUUCAAAAAACCAUCUGGAAUAUUGAAGGAAAAGAAGUUAUCUAUUGGGGAUUAUCCCUAGAAUCUUCGCUCAUCAUAGUCUUGAUCCCUACCUGCAUAAAUAUCUGCACAUGCGCCUAACCAAAUGAUACCAUUUUUAGCUGGUUUUAGAUUUUGUUUUUGUUUUGGCUAACAUCUGAAGUUAAAAAGUUCAGUUCAUUAGCAAAUUAACACACUAAUUCUGUUUUAUUAACAAUAAUGAGAAAAGAAGUCUUUGUUUGGUGGUGUCCCAGAAUAUUUAAAAGUGUAGUUGUUGGGAGUCAAACCUAUGGAUUUUCUGUAGUGAGAAAACAAAAAAACCCAAUGCAUAAUAAAAAAAAGUGCAAAUAGUAAUAGAAUCUAUCACCGUUGUGAGGUAUAGAUAUGGCAAUUCCAACCCAAGGGACAAAAACAUUU